GGGGGCGCGACAGCUGAUUAAAGGGAAAGGAGAAACGGUCGAGAUACUUUUCUUCGACUUGCGUUCGCAGGUUACGGCAAGUUUCGUCGGGAGAAUUAGAGGGCAAACGCUCCGUGAGAGCAUAUAAUUUCAAGAUGAAAAGUUUUUCACUUCAGGGCAUGAAGAGGCAUCCCUCCUUGAUCCCCCUUGUGGUUAUUGUCGGUUUUGGAGGACUUGGAGCGGUCUGGUACACUGCCCGGCUGGCUCUCAGAAAUCCCGAUGUGAGCUGGAACAAGAAGACCAACCCUGAGCCAUGGCAGGAAUGGAGCAACAAGCAGUACAAGCUCUGGUCCACAAAGGACUACAGCGAACUCCCAAAGCCCGAACGGCCCGAGAUCUAAGCUGGUUUCUUCGAGAUGUAUAGUUGCAUAGGUGCAUGGCUUGAAACAAUAAAUUUUGGAAGCCAAAUAAAGCUGUAAAGAUGCCAAA